UCUGCAACAUGAAUGAAAGCAUCAGAGUCCAACUUCUACUAGUACCUCCUUCAUUUGACAAUGGAUGUAUGGAUGGUGUUUGGCAAUGGACUGUGCUUCCCUGAUAUGCUUAGAUUUUCCUAAAUACUUAGACAUGCUUUCUCCAUAAGUAUAGACAUAAGUUUGGUUAAUUUUUUGUACCUUACCUGUGAUCGGGAACCCCCCACCAGAACCAUUCUUAAGACCACCAAGCCCUCUCGAAUGAGUUCUACUAGCUAGAAUUUGCAUGGAAAGUCAUUGUCUCAAUCCUAUUAGCUUAGUCCUUUCAGAAGACAAACUGAUUAUAUCAUCAACAAGUCAUGGUUGUGUUUAUCUUACUUUAUCUUCCACCAUUUUGAGGGUAGCAAUAAUCAACCGAGCACCGGAAGAGAUGGUUCAUGAUUUCGAAGCUUGUGCAGAUUGCACUCAGAAGUGUUUGCUGAUUCAUGGGAAUAAGAAAAGUGGUUCCCAUAACGAAACCUCUUUUUUCAAAAUCAUGUUUGGAAAACAGUUUUCUAAAUUUAUGGAUUUGCCUCCAAAAGUUGCUCGUAUUUUGUUAUUGUCUGAUCGGAGAACUUUUCUUGAAGAUUCAUGUGGACUGCGGUGGAAAGUUGCAAUAUCUAGUGUUAAUGGUUCCUGGGCCUUUCAACAAGGAUGGAAUGCUUUUGCACUAGACCAUGACCUACAAGUAGGAGAUUUUCUGGUCUUCAAUUACGUUGUGGGUUCACAUUUUACUGUUAAGAUAUAUGACAACUCUGGGUGUGAAGUGAAUCUUUUUGAGACCAUACAUCAGAACAACAGAAAUAGGGUUCACACAGAUGGUCAGUGCCACACCAUUGGUAAAAGUACAGUGAGCAAAUCCGUUUCAGAUACCUUUGCUGGUCCAGAUGCAGAAAUAAGUAAAUGCUUGAAUGAAGUGCAUGGUAUGAAGAAACCUCUAAUUAUCACAGAAAAUGCUUCAGAUCACGAUGAUGAUUAUGAAAGGUCAAAGUGCAAGCGCAAAGCAGAAUUUGCUGACGACAUGUCAUGUAUGAUAGAAAGAGAAUAUGGACACCAACAAGGAGAGAGCAGAGCCCGUAUUCUUGAUUUGUCUAGUUUUGAAUCAUUCAAAAAGAUAAAAAUCUGUGGCAGUGAUGGAAGCAAUAAAGUUGCUGCAGUGAAUGAAACACAUUCUCAUCAUGCUGAUUCAUCACUGAAAUUGAGAAAUGAAGUUAGCUCAGUUAAAAUUCCAGUGGCUAAAGAGUUAGUGGAUAGAGUAAUUCCUUCAGAUGCAUCUGAGAUUGAAAGGACUCAGAAAAAUAACUAUUCUGAAUACAAGGUAAAGGGGGCACCCCUGUCUGAUAAAGAUUCAUCCACCAAUGUGACCUCUGGACAUCUCUUUCCAACACUUCCUGAAAAUCCUGAACAAAAGGAAGAGAUCUUCUCUAGUAUUUCAAACAGAGCAGCCAAAAAAUGCCAGUCUGCUAAUGUAUCAGGCAAUGAUCAUCAGGUAGCAGUAUCAGGAAAUGAACAUGAUUUGAUUGAUGACACUUGUCAAAGUGCCAACAAAAAAAUUACUGAAAUUUCAAAGUCCUGCGGUAUUCCCAUUACUUUCCUCUCCCAAAAUGAUAAAGUGAUGAAGGUCAUUGAAAACAAGCCUGUGGAGUUGACUUCACAUCCAUGCGGUCAGGAGGUCAUUCCAGAAAGUAAUGAUAUUGUGAUGAUGAACAUUGGAAAAGAGUCUGUGGAUUUGACUUCAGAUCCAUGCAGUCGGGAGGUCAUUCCAGAAAGAAAGGAUAAAGCUGGGACCAUCAUUGAAAAUGUUAUUGUGGACUUGACUUCAGAUCAAUGCAGUCAGGAGGUCAUUGAAAAAGAGGAAUCAUUAGAUCUUUCCACCAAGGUUGGAAUAGAAAUUCCUUCAGGUCCAGCUGAGUUUGAAGGGACUGAGGAAUGUAACAAAUCUGAAGCCAAGGUCAAUAGGGUGCCGUCUGAUAAAGAUUCAUGCACUGAGACCUCUGGGCAUCCCUUCCCAACACAUUCUGAAAAUCCUGAAGAAAAUGGAGAGACCACCUCAAAGAAAGCAACAAAAGAAUGCCGGAAUGCUGAUGGAUCAGAAUUAUUAUCAGGCAAGGAUCAGGUGGUACUAUCACAAAAGGAACCUGAUUUAAUGUAUGCUAGUUCCCCAAGAGACAACAAGAAAUUGACUGGGAUUUCAGAGUCUAUUCAUAAUCCCCUUACUUUUGAAUGCCAAAAUUAUGAUGUGAUCAUCAAUGAGAAGGAGUCUGUUGAGGUGACUUGUCAGGAGGUCAUUCCACAGAGAAAGGAUACCAUCAUCUUUGAAAACAAGUCUGUUGAGGUGACUUUAGAACCAUGCAGCCAGGAGGUUAUUCCAGAAAGAAAGGAUACAAUCGUCAUUGGAGAAGAGUCUGUUGAUUUGACUUUAGAUCCAAGCUGUCAAGAGUUCAUUCCAGAAACAAAGGGGGAAUCAUUAAAGGUUUUCAACAGGGUAAACAGACAGCGUGCUAAUACAAAUAUAAGAGCAGUUCCUUCAGAUGCAUCUGACCUUGAAAGGACUGAGAAAAGAAAUUAUUCUGAAGUUAAGGUCAGAAAGGUAUCAACUUCUGAUAAAGUUCCACACACCAAGCAGACCUCUUGUCAUCUCAACCCAAUACGUCAUGUACAUGUUGAAGAAGAUAAAACAAACAUCCCUAAGAUUUCAAACAGAGGAAUAAACAAACUUAAGACUACUGAUGGAUCAGUGGCUGCAUCCCAAAAGGAACAAGUUUCUAUCGAUGACAGCUGCCAACAAGCCAAAAAGAAAUUUACUGGAAUUUCAAAGUCUUUUGAAGCUCCGGUUAAUUCUGGAUCCCAAUAUUAUUCAGCUAAAAUGUCAAAGAUCAUGGAAAAGGAGUUUGUAAACUCCAGUUCAGAUCCAUGCAGUCAGGAGAUUAUUCCAGAAGUUGAUGCCCUAUCAUCAAAGAUCUCUAACAAGUUGCAGAGUCAGAGUAAUUUUGCAAGAAAAAAUGACAGCGCUCUUCCAGUGGUAAAACCUGAACCCAUUGAAGAUGCAGGUGCAACCUUUCCAAGUUUCACAAUCUCCUGUUUGGCAACUGACCGUCAAUCUUUUCUGGAGUUGCCAAAGAGUUUGCCAUUACCCUUGAACACCAUGAAGGGAAGGUCUAAACUGGAUAGGAGGAUAGUUUAUCUUCAAGGUCCUGAUAAGAGAUUGUGGCCAGUCCUCUACAUUCAGAAAUUUUUCUUCAGAACUUUGGCAAAUGGUUGGGAGGCUUUCUGCAUGGCAAAUAACAUUGAACAAGGAGAUCGAUGUACUAUUGAGGUCACAAAUCAAACUGAAGGCAUAUGUAGUGUGCACAUAGUUAAGAUGAGAGAUGAUAUGGAAUUCUAUGAAGAGUAUGAGCACAAUCCUCUCAUUGACCUGUCAUAACAGUGCUUAUGAACCACCUUGGACAAUCUUAGCUCUGUAUGUCCAUCAGUCUUUUCUGUAGAGCUUUUUAAACCACAGCAUAUGAACCAUCUUAUGCAUGA